GAUCGCGUUUGAAAAUAAUUUUGUCGAGAUUCGAGAUCCGAAAUCUAAGACAAGUGCUUUUCUUCGUCCUAUUUUAUCAUUCUAUUGGCCGUCCUAACUCCGAUUUAUGAAAUAGAUUGACAGGACAUUACGUCUAGGAUGAGUCUUGACUGCGCGAUUUGAAAUUUGUUCAGAAGUUCGUCGAAUAAGGACAAGGGAAAAGCUCCGGGUGGGCGUUCUAUUUUCUUCUGCAUAAGAAAACAACAAGGACUCAAAAAUGGACCAAAUGCUACCAAGUCCGGGCUUCAGCAUCCCGAGUAUCGGGACGCCGCUUCACCAACCUGAGGAGGACCAACAAAUUCUUCCAAUUGCUCAGCAGCAGCAACAUUCCUCUCAGCAACCGCCACCACUGAUGCAGGCCUCCAGCACCCCACAGCGUACUCAUGCCUAUGUCACAAACUUUGCACCGCCUCAGAGCCUCAUGCAGCCCCAGACACCGCAAAAUCUCAUGUCCCCAAUGGUGCCUGCCUCCAACCAGUCGAUGGCUCAGCAAAACUCAAUGGGCCCUGCAACUCCAGGGCCAAUGACUCCCAUGACCCCAUCAUCUGCAGACCCUGGCAUCGUGCCGCAGCUACAGAAUAUUGUGUCCACUGUUAAUCUUGGAUGCAAACUGGACCUGAAGAAAAUUGCUCUACAAGCUAGGAACGCUGAGUACAACCCAAAGCGUUUUGCUGCUGUAAUCAUGAGAAUCCGAGAGCCAAGAACAACUGCCCUGAUCUUCAGCUCAGGCAAAAUGGUGUGCACAGGAGCAAAGAGUGAGGAUGACUCAAGACUGGCAGCUAGGAAAUAUGCACGAAUUGUGCAAAAGUUGGGAUUUGCUGCCAAGUUUCUUGACUUCAAAAUCCAGAACAUGGUUGGUAGUUGUGAUGUGAAGUUCCCCAUCAGACUGGAGGGUCUAGUCCUUAAGCACGCUCAGUUCAGCAGUUACGAGCCUGAGCUGUUUCCUGGACUGAUCUAUCGCAUGGUCAAACCAAGAAUUGUGCUCCUCAUCUUUGUGUCUGGCAAAGUGGUUCUGACAGGUGCAAAAGUGAGACAAGAAAUCUAUGAGGCAUUUGACUCCAUUUACCCAAUCUUGAAACAAUUCAGAAAAGCGUAAAUCCUGCUGGUUGUGGUUCAAACAUUGUAUAUUAUUUAACUGUGACUUCAAAGUGACCAAGUGAAUCAGGUUCAUUCCAUGCAAAACAUCAAUUGCGAGCACUCUCGAAAUGUAGUAAAAUCAUCAUUUUACAAUCAAAAUUUUAGCUCCGAAAUGUUGACGAUGAAAUGUUAAAGCAUCACGCUUUUUUAAAGCUAUGGUUCCAGCUAGCCUAUUAUAAAGUGUUCUUGAAGGAGCCACCUUAAAUGGUAUAGCUUAAUCAAGCAUUGCAAAACUUUGAGUUAUAAUUCUUUCAUUUGUGUACAUAAUAUUAACUCUUCUAUCAAGCAAAGGGGUACGCAAAUUCAUACGGAAUAUCAUCAGCACUCAUUUUAUUUGAACAUUAGAUUUAGUCAAAACUACCUGACUCGGACUAAUGUGCAUUGUGUUCAAUGUUAACUGAAAACUUGAGCUAUUUAAAAAAUUGUUCUUGAUGUAAGGAUAAAAUUGAACUUACUGCAGAUUCAGCCGGAGAGUCAUCGAGCGUAAUAAUUCUAAAUGACAGUAACAUGGCAUUAAGUUCGAGCACUUGGUUGCUGCUUAAUGCUGCUAGUGUAUCUAUUGGACAUACAAAAAUUGUACCUAAGAGCUCGUUAAUUUAUUUUCAUGAAACUCCCAAUACUUCUAGCCCCAAAAGGCAAUUCUCUUGCCCAUUUGUAAUUAAAUGAAAAAUAAAAUGUUGAAAUUUUUGCAAGG